UUGGAUUGUGAGAAAAAUUGAAAUGUGGAACAACGAUAAGAAUUUCCCGGCGAGGGGGUUCUUGACGCCGCCACCAACACGGAAGGCGAGUCCGAUGAUCCCAAUGUCAGAGAGGAAGGGAUCGUCGCCUGCGAAUAAUGAUGAUUUCUUCCAUGUUCUACAUAAAGUUCCUGCUGGUGAUUCUCCCUAUGUCAGGGCCAAACAUAUUCAGUUAAUAGACAAGGAUCCAAGCAGGGCAGUUUCCCUGUUCUGGGCUGCCAUAAAUGCUGGGGACCGGGUUGAUAGUGCCUUGAAAGACAUGUCAAUUGUGAUGAAACAAUUGGAUCGAUCUGACGAGGCGAUCGAGGCUAUCAAAUCCUUCCGUCAUCUCUGCCCUCAUGAUUCUCAGGAUUCUCUUGACAAUGUGUUAAUUGAACUCUACAAGAGAUCAGGAAGAAUUGAAGAAGAGAUUCAAAUGCUUCAACUCAAACUGAAGCGCAUUGAAAAUGGUGUAGCCUUUGGUGGAAGAAAGACAAAAACAGCUAGAUCUCAAGGGAAAAAAGUUCAGAUAACUCUCGAAGAGGAAAUAUCAAGGAUACUAGGGAACUUGGCCUGGGCUUACAUGCAACAAAACAAAUAUGAAAAGGCUGAAGAACAUUACAGGAAAGCUCUGUCUUUAGAGCCAGAUAAAAAUAAGCAGUGCAAUUUGGCUAUCUGCCUGAUGCAUAUGAAUAGGAUUGCAGAAGCAAAAUCUCUACUUCAUGCUGUAAGAUAUUCAUCUGGAAAUAGACCGAUGAACGAGUCUUAUGCCAAAUCCUUUGAACGUGCUCUUCAGAUGUUAACUGAUCUAGAGUCACACUUAGUGCCAAACCCAAUUGUAGACCAAAAUGAAAUACAAACAUCUUUCGCAUCACUCGUCAACAGAAACUCGAAAGAAGUUAGUAGCUUCAUCAGGGGAGGCCAGCAUUAUGGUUCUGCAUUCACAGUCUCCAGAAGCCGGACUGAUGGUCAUGAUGACAAAACCGUGCAAUCGGAUGAACACCGUAGAGUUUCUUAUCAUCAAAACCACAUUUGGCGUGGAAACAGGACUCCAAGAUCCAUAUCAUUUGGACCAAGAGGCAGUUUACAGUCCUCUCCUCAAACAACGUCUGUUGAAACAUGGAAGAAAGGCACUCACUACGAAAACUCCGGUGAAAGGAUGUCCAGUUUUGCUGCCAAACAGAAGGGAAAUUGGGUUGGUUCAACUGGAACAGAAGCAAAUCCUGCUUGGAAAAAUACAUAUACUUCCCCUGCUACUGCUGGAAGGAAUUUGGAUGUUUUAUUUACACAACCGAGAAGAUCUUCAUGGGAUUUUAACAGUGAACAUCAGAGAAGGAAAUUGUUGGGAGAUGAUGCAGUUUGCUCUUCAAGUCGCAAACUUUCUUUUGAGCCACCCAUAACCACUGAAAACAUGCAACCACAGGCAAUUCAAGAUGUUAAUGGAGACUUACUCGCCCCAUCUUCACCUGCUAAUGGAAACUGGAGGAGGUCAUGCAGAGAUCUAGCUAGAUUGGAAGAUCAAUCAAUGGUUGUUGAUAAUACAAGAAUAUUAGAAUCUUCUGUUGAUCAAGAGCAGGAUCAGAGUUCUGGAUCCAAUAAUGUUUCAGGCAGUGGGAAACCAAUGACUACGUGUGAAGAAUGUUUCAGAAAGAACAGCCCUGGUUUAUCAGAUGGUCUCCACCAACCCACCGCAGAGAAUUCACAUGAUAAUUGUAAGAAAAGUUGGGCAGAUAUGGUUGAGGAAGAAGAACAAGAAUUAUUAAGUGAAAGAACCCUGACAGAUUUUUAUGAGGAUUGGAAUGGUGAAGAAGAAUUCAAUGAUGAAAAUCUGAAUGCCAACAUAAUCUCUCAAAGUCCUUGUCCACAGAGCCAGAUUAAAAAACCAUUUGAUCUUAAAGACGGAAGCGGUUCAUUUGGGGCUAGUGUUUCAUCAAGGAAUCUAGCAGUGCAGCGUUCUUUGUGUUUCAAUCAGCAGCAGAAGCCAGAAUCAACAGAUUACUUCUUCUCAUCACCAUUUGCAAAGAAGGCUUUGAACCUUGAUGGCUAUAACUCUGUGAAGGCAAAUGGAAGGGAUUCUAUGUCUAGUGGGAACAAAAAGCUUCGGAGGAGAAACAGGUUACAGGUUUUCCAAGGCAUAACUCUUCAUUCAGAAAGUCCAUGAAGCUUGAACAAGAACCAGUUUGAGGCACAAUGAAUGUCCAUAGUACAUUGAAAAUGGAAGUGUUUUGAGUAUUUUUCAUUUGA